AUUGCCGUCUGUACGUGCAUAAUAAAGUAAUUGAAAGUUACGACAAGGGUGGGUCUCGGAGGGAACUAGGGUGAGCAAGAACUCUUGAUUCAAGAGUGAGAGACAAAAACAAGAAAAACAAGUACAACAUCAACUAGACGCAACAACAACACGAAUCUAAAUAUUGUACGUUAUACGAUAGUCUUGUGUAGUACAACUGUAGUGGUAGAUCAGGUUGGGUUAGACUAAGUGAAUAUACAACGGAACAGCUGGGGUUCGACUUGGAGGGUUGUUUGAAGUAGCAACAAAAAAUAAUAACAAAGAUCAAACAGCAACAACAACGAGUAACAAAGACAAGGAGGAGAAAGAAUAAGGGUGUUCCUGUAAAGUGCUGGCGACAUACCUGCUCCCAAGGUUCCUCCCGAUUCCUGAGGUACCAAUAGAGUCCUGAAUCCAAGGUAUAAAGACGUAGUCAAGGAAGAAGAGAAAGACGAGGAAAAGGACCAGGGCCAGGUGCCAUCAGGUCGAAGGUCAGAAGAGGUCGCGGAGAGAGGAGGCGCCUGCGGAGAUCAUCGGAUUGAAUGGGUGGGUCGGGCGCCGGGAGGGCUACGACGAGGCACGAGCUCAACGCGGUGCCACACCACGUCGGUCACGGGGAGCGAGUCCUCGUUAUCGGCGAGCCCCCGGUUGCUGGGUGCCGUUGUUGCUCAUCGCAUCGUCACUCGCCACCCGGAAGAACCACCAGCACCGCCACCAUCAACAAAAUCACCACCAGCACCGUCAUCACUACCAACCCCAUCACGACGAUCGCCACGUCCCCCGUCAUCUUCAGGAACAAACGACAUCACGUCGGCAACGACUGGAGCACCGAUCACGUGAAUCUACCAUCACCGCCGCCCCUCACUCUGCUACAUAUUCACGACAGCAACAACGCCAACGCUAUUGUCAACGGUAACGCCAAGGCUGCCAUGUCAUCGCCGCCGAAGCAUCGCCGGGGCUUCGACCCCAAUGACGCCACCGCCAACGACUAUCGCCGCUAUCGUCGCGUUAAAACGCGACAGCGAGGCUUUGUAUGUGACCCGCACAUCCGCGUGACCCUCUGGACCAAUUUCUGGACACACAGAAUCUUCCCGAAAAAUCCGACAUAUCCAGCACAGCAUCCACCACACACACGCUUGCGAUGUUUGAUGUUGGACCGCUUUCUGGUUGCGUCCUGUUCACCUGCCCGUGUCUGAUGAUGUCAUUGUGGUGUUCGAUAAUUGAUUAUAUAUAUAUAUAUA